CUGGCAUGGCAACAUUGAGCGAAAGCGUCGUUCUGCAUGGCGGCGAGCAGUUGGAGACUGACGUUAAAUAAGCAAAACUUUGAAUUUGAACAAGUGCUAGCGAGUCGCGAAAUGAUCACCCCUUUACCCAAGCUGCUGUUGUGACGCUUAGUGUAACUCAGGAAGUGAUUCUUUGUUUGAGCACAAUGAGUCACGGCAGUGCCAGCAAGGUUGGUGAAAUUUUCACAGCAGCCGGAGCUGCUUUUACCAAGUUGGGAGAGCUCGCAAUGCAGCUGUAUUCCUCCUCAGAACCAUCACCUGCAGGGGGCAAAUGGACAGAUGACGAAGUUGAGAUGCUUCGGACGGCCGUGAAGCGAUUUGGAGAAGACCUCAAUAAGAUCAGUGAUCACAUAAAGAAUAGAACCAUCAGCCAGAUCAAAGGAAGCAUGAAACGCAAAGCGUACGAGGAGGCUGGGAUUCCAGUCAAAAAGCAGCAACAGCAAGCCGUCACAUUAAAGGCAUCUGGUGCUUCUGCCGCGGCAGUGGCUUCCCAACAGGACCCAACUGCUGCGCUUGGAGCCAGUCUUAUGGCACAAGCUCCCACCACCAAGUCUGCGGACAUCACCCUCAACAUGCUAAAUGCUACAGAGACAGAAGUAGAUGUCGAAGGGCUCAGCGGCACUGGAAAACUCGAUUAUGAUAGCUCAUCCUGAAUCUUUGUGAAAUUCCAUGCACCACCAUCCAAAAAAGGACUACUACAUCAAGGCGCCUUUGGCAUCCUUUGUUAGGAAACCUGCGUUGACUUUUCACUGACAUCAUCGGGUAAUCGAAGUGAAAUAAAUUGUGGUACAAAUCUGUU